ACAUCUCCUCGCGAUCACUUGCUUUUUACUAACAACUUGUAUUGAAAAAUUAUGAAUCCGUUUUCGGAUGUUAUGCGGAAAGCUCUCUGUUCUUCACCACAAUCACCAUCUUCCAAUUCUACUGGACUUGUUCCGUUUGGAAGUCCAAAAUUCUAUGUCUUGUGCGGAAUGGGUGGAUCAAUUUGCUGUGGAUUUACUCAUCUUGUUAUCACUCCACUAGAUAUUGUUAAGUGUAGAAUGCAAGUUGAUCCUUUGAAGUACACUGGAGUUGUUCAAGGAUUCAAAGUUGCCGUAGCAGAAGAUGGUGUUAGAGGCUUGGCACGUGCUUGGGCUCCAACUACAAUCGGAUACUCAGCACAAGGUUUUGGAAAAUUUGGUUACUAUGAGAUUUUCAAAAACGUCUAUGGAAGCAUGCUCAGCGAGGAAAAUGCGUACACCUAUCGUUCUUGGGUGUAUCUAGCCGCUGCUUCAUCAGCUGAAUUCUUUGCUGACUUCUUUUUGGCUCCAUUUGAAGCUGUGAAAGUGAGAAUGCAAACUUCAUCAACUGCUCCAAAAACAAUGAGAGAGUGUAUGCCAAUGAUUUACAAAAAAGAAGGAAUGUACGGGUUUUUCAAGGGACUACCACCACUUUGGACUCGUCAAAUUCCAUAUACAACAGUGAAGUUUGUAUGUUUCGAGCGGAUAAUGGAGUUGAUGUAUACUCACGUUGUUCCUAAGCCAAGAGCUGAGUGUACUAAAAUGGAACAGCUUUUGGUCACAUUUUCAGCUGGAUAUUUGGCAGGUAUUCUGUGUGCUGUUGCCUCGCAUCCUCCAGAUGUCAUUGUCUCCCAACUCAAUCAAGAUCCGAAUGCCACGUUGACGAGUACUGCGAAGAAAUUGGGAUUAAAAGGAAUGUGGGCGGGUCUUGGAGCCAGAAUUAUCAUGAUUGGUACAAUUACUGCUAUGCAAUGGUUCAUUUAUGAUGGUUGGAAAGUUGUUAUGGGAAUUCCAAGACCGCCUCCCGCCGAGAUGCCUGAUUCUAUUAGAAAGAAGUUGGAGAAUGUACAGAGAAAAUAAUAAUAAAAAUUAAAGAAUUGGAU